CUCAGCUCCCCCUGUUUGUCAUCCACGGAGAACCCUGAAGUUCUGGGGCCCGUCCAGGGAGGGUCUCUGGGUACGAACCGGGAGCGGAGGGUGUUAAGUUACCGCUCUGGGCCGCCGACAAGUUUGGCCUGCUGCUGUGAACUGCGGGCAGGAAGGGGAGGGCCCAGCCGGGCAAGUGGGAGCGGGGCGCGGGCUCAGGGCUGGGUCGGAAAAGCUGCCUCACUGCACCGUCCUGCCCCUCCGGCCCCGAGGUCUGGCCGAGGCCUCUUAUACAGUUUCGCUGCUCCUACCCGGAGGCUGAGCCCGCAGCGGCUUCGCCACAAUGUCCCAGCCCGGCCCGAAGCCUGCCGCCUCUCCCAGGCCCCGGCGCCGCGCAGCAGCCCGCCACACCCAGGAGCAUGUUAAUGAGAAGAAUACUAGAUCAUCUUCCAAAUCAGGAGAAAAGAAAGGAUCAGAUGAGGUGCCAGCUUCAUCUGCUGCAGUCAGCAAGUUUCCCGGUAUGAGUACCACAGAAGCUAAGGCCAUUCCAGAAUGCAAACAAAUGGAAGGACCUCAUCUGCCUGACAAGAAAAGGCACAGAAAACAGGCUGUGAAAACAGAGUCUGAGAAGUCACAAUCAAGUAAGCCAUCUGUGGUUCAUGAGAAAAAGUCCCAAGAAAGAAAGCCAAAGGAAGGCUCAGAGCCCCAAAACCUUCCCAAGCAUGCAUCAGAUACAGGAAGUAAGCAUGCUCAUAAAGAAAAAGCAGUUUCCAGAUCAAAUGAGAAGAUGGUGUCAGAAAAAUCAGCAGAACCGAAGACAAAAUCACAAGAUGCUCCUGCUGCUGGAGGGGGUGUGGUUGCUGGUGUGACUGUGGCUGCAGCAUCAGACAAGGCGGAUGACAAGAAAAAAGAAAAGAAGUCAUUAACGCCAGCUUCACCAUUGGAGUCCAAACUAAGCAAGCCAUCUGGCAAGUCAGGCAUGGAUGUUGCUUUAGAUGACCUGAUAGACACUUUAGGGGAACCUGAAGAAACUAACAAAGAUGAUCCACGAUACACUGGACCAAUAGUUUUGGACCCAAUGGAUUCUACCUACAUUGAGGCACUGGGUAUAAAAGAAGGGACUAUUCCUCCAGAGUACAGAGAACUUCUGGCUAAAAAGGAAGGGAUCACAGGACCUCCUUCAGAUUCUAAACCCAUGGGACCUGAUGAUGCUAUAGAUGCCUUGUCAUCUGACUUCACCUGUAGUUCUCCGCCUGGGAAGCAAACUAAGAAAGAGAAAUCUACAGGGGACGUUUUCAAAGCUCAGGCUGCUGGAGUGACCAGAAGUCCUUUUCCUCCCCAGGAGAAAAAAAGGAAGGUGGAAGAGGAUGUCAUGAGUGAUCAAGCCCUGCAGGCUCUGUCAGAUUCACUGGGCACCCGGCAGCCAGACCCUGAGAGCCAUCUUAGCCAAGCUGAACAAGUCAAAGAGGCAAAAGCAAAAGAAGAAAGGCAGGAGAAGUGUGGUGAAGACGAUGACACAGUCCCGGCUGAGUACAGGUUAAAGCCGGCUGUGGAUAAAGAUGGAAAACCACUAUUGCCAGAGCCUGAAGAAAAGUCUAAGCGCCUGAGUGAAGCAGAGCUGAUUGGGCAACUUUCAGAAGAUUUUGGCCGAUCUACAUGUCAAGACAAACCAUCUAUACCAGCUGAGAAAAUAGAAAAACCUAAGGACACAUCCCCAACUCCUGUGGCUGAGGCUGUGCCUCAGGCCUCCAUGUGCAGUAUACAGUCAGCACCACCCAAACCAGCAUCUUCGAAGAGCAUGGCGCCAGAUGAUGCUGUCGAAACCUUGGCUGGAAGCCUGGGGAAAAAAGAAGCAAAUCCAGAAGAUGAAAAGCCUGUAGUGGAUAAAGUCAAAGAGAAGGCUAAAGAAAAAGACUAUGAAAAACUUGGUGAAAAAGAAGAAACAAUUCCUCCUGAUUAUAAACUAGAAGAGGUCAAGGAUAAGGAUGGAAAGCCACUCCUGCCAAAAGAGCCCAAGGAACAACUUCCACCCUUGAGUGAUGACUUCCUUCUUGAUGCCUUGUCUCAGGACUUCUGCAGUACCACAAACAUAUCGUCUCUUGAAUUUGAAGAUGCCAAACUUUCUGCUGCCAUCUCUGAAGUCGUUUCCCAGACACCUGUGCCUAGCACCCAUGCAGCAGCCCCUCCGCCUGAUACUGAGCACAGAGACAAAGAACUCAGUGAUGCCUUGGAUGAACUCUCUGACCGUCUUGGGGAAAGACAGCCUGACCCAGAUGAGAACAAACCAGUAGAUGAUAAAGUGAAGGAAAAAAUUAAAGCAGAACAUCGUGAGAAACUUGGAGAAAGAGAUGACACUAUCCCACCUGAGUAUAGGCAUCUCCUGGACAAUGAUGGGCAGGGCAAACCAGAGAAGCCACCUACAAAGAAAUCAAAGAAGCCUGAUCAUGACCAGGACCCCAUUGAUGCCCUCUCAGAAGAUUUGGAUAGCUGCCCCUCAACUACAGAGACCUCACAGAAUAUAGCAAAGGAGAAGAGCAAGAAGAUGGGUUCAAGUUCCAAAGCACCCAAGAAUGGAGUGAAAACAAAGGAUUCCUCCAAGAAGACAGAAGUGUCCAAUCCAAAGGCGGACGAAAAGGAAAGCUAAAGUUACACGUUUGGGUAUCUGAAUAGAAAUUCUUCAGCUGGUGGAUGGUGACUUUUGAAGAACAAUGGCUUUGGUGACAACUUUUCUGGGUGGCUUCUAGACAGUGGUAUUUGUUACGUCUUUUGACAUCUUAAACGUUGGUUUGUUAUUCUUUUCCAAAAAGAAAAUGAAUUUGUCUGGUUUACCUGUGUUACUGUAUUGAGUAUGGAUUAAACUUCAAAGAUUUUAAAUUGC